AUGGAGAGUGAUGCACCGGAAGCAGACGCUGACUUGCUGGACCUGCUGCCGGACGCCUCGCACGGCGCCAAGCAGCCGCCUGUAGUCGACAAUGGGUCCAAGGCGGUCGCCUUGCUGGCUGGAGCAGGCGGAGGUGUCCCAUCCCAGGAGCUGAUCCGUGCCGGCAUCUACACCUCGGCAUCAGCGGUCCGCCUGGAGCCCGUUCCACCGCCAUCGGCGCCGCCGCCGCUGGCCGCCGGCGAUGCCGGCGCCAGCAAUUCUGCCUUGCCCCUGCCGCCACUGGCGGCAGUGGUGGAGCCACUCAGGCCUGAUGCAGCACCACCACUCAUCACAUCUCAUGCUUCUAGUCACCCGGCGCCCGAGCCAAGCUCUCUAGAGGCUGCUGUCGCCGAGGCACUAGGCCUCGUCAGCUCCGCCGCUGCGGCUCCCAGCUCCCCGCCCCUCUCUGGGCGCGGCACGUGGCACCUCCCUGGAGCUCAGGAGCUGCUGGAGCUGGAGUUCCAGCUGGCAGAGGCGCUAGGAGACCUGGCCGUGACGCCUCUGGCGCCGCCGCCGCCGCCACGCUCCCCGCUGCUGCGCGCCAGCAGCGGCGGCAGCCCACGGCUGCCAUUGUACAGCUCGGGGCGCGGCAGCGGAGACUCGCUGAGCGUGGAGGACGAGCCGGAGCCGCGGUUCUCAGUGUGCGGCUCCAUCGCCCCCGCUUUGGACACUAUCCGAGAGGCCAGCAGCCAGCCCGGCACGCUGGGCACCGAGGGCGCGGCGCCGCCACCGCCGGCCUGCCCUGCGGCACAGCCUGCCGGCGCGGCGGCGACGCUGGAUGCCGUGCUGGAGCUGCUGGGAGGCGGCACAGCCGCGGCAUCUCCCGCUGGCUCAGGAGAGGAGGAGGCACACCAGCGUGCACCUGAUGCAGAGGCUGUAGAAGACCCUCGGGUGGAGCGGGCAGCCCCGGCGGGGCCCAGCCUCACGGCAGAGGUGGCUGCAGAGGCGGCAGCGCUGGCCGGCAUCCUGGCACUGCUGGGCAGCCCCGGCGAGGCCGCCCUGACAGUGGCCGCCAUCACCUCCGCCGCCACCGGCCGCCACGCCUGGGCCGCCCGGCAGCUGCCGCCGUGGGGCGACGAGGAGGGCGGGCGGGUGGGAGGCAGGCUGCCCGCCAUGUACGCCCGCCAGAUGCGGGAGCGGCAGGAGGCGGAGAAACGGUAUGCCGCGCAGCGCCAGCAGCAGGAGGCGGCAGACCUGCAGGGCUGCACCUUCCGCCCGGCGCUCUGCAAGACCGCCGCCUCCUGCAGCCCCGCCACCUCCCCAGCCGCCCAACACUUCCAGCCUGGCAUUGCCGCCAGCAGCGGACGCUCUGGGGAGGAGGCUGGGAGCCGGAUGUACGCGCGGCAGCGGGCGCAGCGGCAGCGGGCGCUGCAGAGGUGCGCCGCGCUGCGGGAGCAGCAGGAGCAGCAGGCGCUCUCCGGCUGCACCUUCUCCCCCUCCAUCGACCCACGGUCGGCCGCCCUGGCCCGUCAGGGCGUGCGGUACGGCACGGGCGGCUCCCGUACCGCUACCGCAGCUUCCUGCUCCGGACUGGACGAGGCGGUACUCCUCCAGCUGCAGGCGCUGCACGGGGCUGGCCUCAACGCCCUGGCGGCGGCUGACCUGCUCGUGGCGGCAGGUGCUGCCCAAACGGGCUGUGCUGGCACCGGCCUUGGGAACGGCGGUGGCGAGAACGCGGCGGGCCAGCCUCCAAUGGACGCGCCCGGAGACGCCGCCGCCAGCAGCGACGCCGUCACCGCCGCCUCCAGCCUGUCUUCUGCGGCAGAGGGCGGCGCGGCCGGCCAGCCGGGCCCGCGGCGCUCCGACCCUGCGUCGGCCCUGGCGGGGGCCUGCCUGCCAGCUGCGGUCCUGAGCCCUGGGGCCGCCCAGGCCCGGAGGGAGCCGGCGGCGGGGCCCGGUGCCGCCAGGCUGGCAAGCCGCGGGCUGAACAGCGUGCUGAGGGCCAGCGACCGGCUGUAUGCUCACGCCCUGAACAUGCAGGCCCGCCAGCGCCAGGCGCCGCUGGAGCUGCAGCACAAGUUGCAGCAGGAGGCGGCGGCUGCCUCCCCAAAGGCCCGCCCCUUCCCUGGCCAGAUGCACAGCCGCGGCGCCAGCCCGCCGCUGUCCCACCGCUCGCCGCCGCCGUCGCGCCCAGCCAGCGCGCCGCUGGCCCUGGAGGCCAAGCUGGAGCGGGAGCGCCAGCUGGCGCCACCUCAGCCCGCCAGCCUGUCGCCCGGCUCCCUCCGCAUCCUGCAGCGCAGGCAGGGGCCGGGGUGCGGCGAGGCAGGCGGCACCGACGGCGGCGGUGCCCCUCCUGCCACCGAGCGCGGCGGCCUUGCCAGGAGCAUCGCUGGUAUGCUGGAGCUGGCGGCAGGCAUGCCGGCCUGCGGCAGCGCAGGCGGCGACUCUGACGGCGGCGCCAGCGAGGGCGCCAGCAGCACGGCUGCCAGCAAUGACGCGCAGGGCAGCAGUCGCCAGGCGGCGCGGCCGGGCAGCCCUGCUGCCAGCAGCGCAUCCCUGCCCGCCUACCUCGCCAGCUGCACCUUCCACCCCGCCAUCACCCCGAGGGCGCAGGCCAGGAGCCCUCGCUCCCCGCAGGAGCUCCACGCAGAGUGGGCCGCCCGCCAGCAGAGGCUGGCCCUGAAGCGGCAGCAGGCGGAGGCGGCGGCCAUGGCGGCCUGCACCUUCCGGCCCGACACCGCGCCAGCCGCCAGCGCCGGCAGCAAGUACGGCGCGGCGCGGCCCCACAUCAGCACGCAGGCAAGCCCGCUGCCUGCGUUGGCUGUGCUGCCGCAGAGCACAACAGGCGUGGCCGGGGUUCUGAUCGGGCACUACCAUGCGAGUGCUGGUCACAUGCUGCACUGCACCUGCCAGAUGCAUGCAAGGUGCUCAUCCUCUGCUGCUGCUGCCCCCCUGCUGCAGCGCCUGGACGAGUACAUGCGUGAGGUGGAGGCUGCGCGGCAGGCCAGGGAGGCAGCGUCUGCCGCGGCCGCAAAGGAGAGGGAGGAGCAAGAGCUGGCGGCCUGCACCUUCCGCCCCCACAUGCCCUCCAGGCGGCGCAAGCAGGGCGGUGCCGGCGCCGACGGCACGGCAGAGGUGGGCUGCGGUGGCGGCACCGAGGCGGCAGAGCCAGAUGUGCUGGCUCAGGUGCAGGCGCUGCUGGAGGGGGAGCUGGAGGAGGAGGGUGCCACCUCAGAGGGCGGGAGGUUGCCGUGCCGGCAACGGGCUCAGGAUGGGAAGGAGGAUGGGAGGGAGGCGCGGCUGCAGCCGCAUGCCGCGUCGUUUGCCGCCUACCUCGGGCAGCUCCUACACACCAUGCGCGUGAGCCACAGCCCCCUGUGGGGCGACCGGGCGGCAAAAGCCACCGGCCUGUGGGCCCUCCUGUUUGCCCCGCUCUUGCUGUGGGAGGCACUCUUCUACAGGCCCCGGAUCAACAUCACCACCCGUAAAACCCGGCCAGCAGACUGGCCCAAGCUGCAGGGCCAGCAGCGCUUCUUUGACGCGCUCUUCUGUUACCUCGGCCCCCCUAGCCACUUCCUGUGGAAUGUGAAGGCGCCCCUGGCUCUGACCAUGGCGGUGGCCACCGGCAUGUGCCUGUACGGCUUCGCCCGCACGGAGCUGGGGUGGGACCUGCCGGCGCUGGACCGCAGCAGCGUGAGCUACAUCGCUCGCCUCGCCUCCUUCCCGCUGUCCCUGCUGCUGAGCCUGCGGGUGGGGCGGUCCUACGACCGCUGGUGGGUGGCGCGGCUGGGGUUUGCCGGCGUGGGCAACGCCGCCACCGCGCUGGCCGACAUCCGGCGCUGGGCGGUGGUGUGGCACUACAGCGUGCUGCAGGUGGUGCAGGGCGACGCGGCGCUGCACCCCGCGGCGGCGGCCCUGCUGUCACGCGAGGAGCUGGCCCUCUACUCCUCCUCCCGCAAGGGCCGCCAGCUGGUGGCCAGCCAGCUGCGGCUGCUGGUGCGGGAGGCGGGGGUGGGGCGGGAGUUGGUGGCGGCCAUGGACCUCACAAUCGGCAAGGGCUGGUCAGACGCGGGCAACUGCGUGCGCCUGCGCUUCCAGGCCAUGCCCGCGGGCCUCUCCCUCAUCUCAACCGGCUUCCUGUUCAUCUGGCUGAUGCUGCUGCCGUUUGGCAUGUGGCAGGAAGACAACACCAGCUGGUUCAGCCUGCUGGGCGUCUUCUUUGUCGCCCUCCUGCUGCUGUCGGUGGACGAGAUUGCCACGCAGCUGGAGAAUCCCUUCCCGCUGCUUCCACUGGAGGAAAUGAUGGAGAGCACUGUGCAGGACAGCCAGAGGGCGCUGGAGGAUGCUGCGGCGCUGCUGCGGCUGCGCCAGCGCUGCAAGGAGGGCGCCGACGACAGCGACGGCAGCGCCAAGGCCGGCAGCUUCGUGGCUGUGGGCAUCGAUGGCACACAGCCGUGA